AUGACUUCUUCCGAUAAUGUCAAUCCUCCCAGCAUUGCCACCUCGGAAACACUAUUUCAAGGUGUCGGUGCAACUCAAACCACCAUCAGACCCGCGAAAAACUACUCUCAAUCACGAAACACUGAGGAAGAUUUCGAGGAGAUGAUAAUCCCGCGAUAUUCAAGAGAGCCUGAGAUUUUCGUAGAGAAAUUGAAGAGGAUGAUGACAGAGAGACGAGAGGGUGACUGUACUUGGAUUCGACUAUACGGUAUGGAUGAUAAGCUUGUCAAGGGGAUUACGGAGCUUUGUGGUCUCGCCACUUGGGCUCUGCUUAAACAUUUCCUCCUAUCACGGCCUAAAAGGCGUUGUCCCCACUAUGAGAUCCAUCCAUCCUACACUGUCAUCCAAUUUCCGGUAUACGGUACUUCCAGCACGAUUCGAGAGGCAGUCCUGGAGGCUUGUUGUCUGCCAAAAAAAAGACCCAUAUCUCUUCCGGCCGAUCCAAAAGAAAGUAGACUGCCAUUGGAGCACAGGGAAGUGGACGAUAUGCUCAAAAGUGGGCUGAUUAGUACCUUCAUAAUACCUUCUGCAAAUGUAGUUGUGACGAUUACCCCUCAAAACUAUAUCUGUCCUGCGACUAGAAUGAUGGAAUUCGCUGCAAGGACGAUGCAUGCAUCGUCAGACACUUGUUUAGCGACUGAUGCGACUUUGCUGUCAUUGAGCUUGAUACAUCGAGCUGUUGGUUAUGCUUCAGGAACUGUGGUUGAUUUUACCAGGCUCAUAGAGGCAUGGGAAAUGGAAGCCAGACGUUCGACAUCGACAACCAGAACAGAAGAGAUACAUAGGCUUCUGCUUCAUCUACAGCUUUUCAAAGCCCGAUUGAGGGAGCUAGGACCAAUCCAUCAAGAUCUCAUGUAUCAUUAUGGGCAAAAGAUCUCCUCUGAGGACAUCGAUGCAUCAACUACUUCGAACCAAGCGGUGAUUCUCCUAGAGCAGGGUGAGAAAGGUCGACAAAGAGUGCUGGAUGAUCUACAGGAUCUGAUGGACAGGAUGAAGAGCUUGGAAGAUUUCUGCUUUAACAUGUUGUCUUCUCGAGCGAACGAUUCAAUGGAGAGGUUGGCCAUUGUGACGAUUGUCUUCCUGCCCUUAACUUUCAUUGCAUCUUACUUUUCAAUGGGCUUCAAAGACUUCUCCGUUCUCGAACAAACGCCUACAUUCUUUUGGAAAAUAUCAAUUCCGUUAUCAUUCGCUUUCUUCUUGAUCUUCGCUUAUGCCACACUGAAGAGAUUGUGUAGAUACACAAUCACUAUCAUCAAAAGAGGUAUCAAGACGACCCGAUCAACCGAAAGUUUCAAAAGACUUAAAUGUCAAUGGUGGGAUAAACCUGCCAAUCGAGCGAGAAGAGAGCAAAUGGUAAGAAAACUUCAGGGCAUUUUUAAAGGAUUUCGAACUCAGGAUUUACCACCUCCGUCAUACAUGCCUCGAGAACGAUUACGCCCGUAUACCCCAACUGUCAGCAAUGGCGAUAUAUAUCCACCACCGGUUCAUAGGUCAUCUGGACAGGCUCGACCUUUACCACUACCGCCCGUAUAG